AUGCUAGUGUGAGCUUAUGGACACCAGUUUGGAAUACUCGAUUUCCUUUCAGACAGAAUUUCGACAAGACUGAGGGCCACCAUGUCAGUGGCAACUUCUCGCAGUGAGUGAUUAUGAAAAUCCGUUCGAUGUGAUUUUUUAUUCCGGUCUCGAAGCGCUCAGUCCGACUCAUCCAAUCUUAUAAAGUCUUCUAUUGAGCGGUGCGUCGGGAACAGCUUUUUGUAUUUAUUUAUUUUUUUCAGAAGCAUCAUUUUUUCUUCAGCAAAAAAUAAACUCUAAAAUGUUACUCUUUAUGCUCCAAAUGUUUUCAGACCUGCGGCUGAUUAUCUUCCAGGCUUCGUGGCCGCCAACCGGAAAGAUAUCAUUGAAAAUAUUUCGCUCUACCAUAACCUGUCGAAGGAGACGGGGUAUGUCAGAUGAAGAAAUGAAAGCUCUUGUAUUAAGAAAUUCAAAAAAAGAUCUUGACACGAUAAUGAGAGAUAUUGUCAAGUAGGUGGAGAGCGCAGACACGCCACGCCCCCUCAACGUCCCAAAAUAGCCGUGAAUCGGCUAUAUUGAUCUGUAACUUUUCUGGCCAAUAUUUCUUGUCAGCUUAAAAUUAGUUUUGAUUAUAAUUAGUCAUAACUAGGAAUUCCUGCCACCGAAUUUUGGACCAGAUCACCUCAGACAGUUUCCUCGUCACAACACGAUGCAAACUUGCAGACCUGAGUACAUCUACACGAUCACGUGGACGUCUUCGAGUCGCGACGCGGAAAAGCGUUGGCGAAAGCGUUCGGUCGAGAAGAAGACCGUCGACGCGCUCGAGGUGCGGACGCCUCCUCCAGCCGUCGUCUGCGAUGGGCCCUGCAACAGCGUCGUCCCGCUCACCAACAUCAUCCAGUUCGGAAACUGCGACCACAACGUCUGCACCGCCUGUCUCACCAGCCACAAGAGCGUACCCAAUUUCGACGGUUUGUUCAUCAAAGAGUUGUCUCGGAAUUGUUUUCUUUCUACGCCUUUGUACCGCUUGAAAUGCCCCAAGCCUACCAACCCUUCAAAAAGUCGAACUUGUGACCCUUUAGACCGUAGGCAGGCACAUAACCUGUCGCGUUACGGCAGACCGUUAAAGAGUGGUAUCAUAUUUGUAAAUUUUUUUUUGCCAGUUGCAGUUCUGUGCUAAAAACAAUCGUAGCAGUCAGUGAGAAAAGUUAUAGAUGAAAAAAAAAAUCGUUUCUAUUUUUCAACCCGAAAAAAGUUUCAGAAAAUAUUUUCACCAGGGUCAGCUCUUUCCAAUAUUCAGAAUUGAGCCCUAUAACUUAUAUAGGCUAUAAGCGGCAAAAAAUGUUUUCAAACCUUUUCGUCAUUUUUUUAAAUUUGAAAUCAACUUUAAAACUGCAUUCAGUAAACCUAGUUUAAAAUAAAAAUCUUUUUCUAGUCAGCUCUAACGAUUUUCAUCCCGUUUUAUAAUUUAUAAAUCACAAUUUUCAGGAUCUCCUGGAUGCUGCAAUGAGGCUUGUGUGAAGCUAGCAAGGGACCUCGGAGAGUGAGUUGUUGGGAAAAAAACCAGAAAAUAUUUUUGAUCAGAAGUCUUCAUGGAGGCAUCACCUCGUCGUCCAGUAUGAGCGCCAUUUCGGUGAUUCUUACCAGGAUUCUUUUGAGAAAAUCUCCUUUUCAGACUCGUGCCCCUUGUGAGACAAUCGUCAUUUACGUCAGUCUGUUAGAAAAGGUUUUUUUUUUAACAUCUUCAAGUGAUUGGAAAAUGGUAAAGAAGGAAUAGAUGUUUUUGCAAAAGAAAAAUAGGGUCGCGGGAAUCGAACCUGCCACCUCCGAGUGAUCGUCGAGCGCACUGUCACUGAGCCAAGCUUCCAAAUAGUCCUUCUCUUCAGAUGCGACACAACACGGUUCGCACGCAGUUCGAGUUUGAACUCUCCUCUUCCGACCGCGUCUCGAUCCUUCCCAAGCUACUCAGCAAGCACGAGUAGGAUGGAAUUAUGCAUUUUUUUUUUUCAAAACUAUCCACCUCAGGAGAGUUCUCACCGACGCCGCCGUCUACUAUAGCUCCUCACGUCCCAAGACAAAGUCUGAUAUGGUCGGGACAUGAGAACGACAAAAUGGUUUGAUAAACGGAUUCAGAUGCAACUCUCGCUAAAUUCUCGACUUCGUUUCCUCGACCUGGUCGAUGACAACACGUCGCUUUUCAUCGUCAUCGCCGGCAAGGGUGUACGUGUCUGA